AUGGAAAACAGAAAGGAUAUUCUUUCUGAGGGAGGUCAGCUUGGCACCGCGGUUGGCAAAACGGGCUCUAAUUUGUCGGAAGCAAUAGGAAGCCCCGUGCGAGAACCACGGGGAAAAAUAGUCCACAGAAACUGCACCAGUCCUGGAGCCUCGCCGUGCUCAAGAGACAGAGCGGACGAGGAGGUGGAUAGCACACGGAGAAGCUUGUGCGCCGACGUAAGGCCGGUUAUCAUGUCAUCCUCUACCGAGAGACCUCGACACGAUCACAAUAACAAAGACGGGAGCAGCACCGAUACAGAGUCAGACUUCUAUGAGGAAAUUGAUGUCAGCUGCACACCAGAAAGCAUGGACUACCCUAACGGAAAAGGUCGAAAUGGUGAGUCGCCAAGCCAUCCAAGUGAGAGCAUGGAUUCUGGUAAAAUCAACUCGAGCCAGGGCUCACUGUCAUACGGGGCUGACCAGAUGCGACGGUACCGGACAGCAUUCACGCGGGAGCAGAUUGGGCGCCUGGAAAAGGAAUUCUACCGGGAGAAUUAUGUCUCCAGACCGAGAAGAUGUGAACUGGCUGCUGCCUUAAAUCUGCCAGAGACAACUAUCAAGGUGUGGUUCCAGAACCGGCGGAUGAAGGACAAGAGGCAGCGCCUGGCCAUGACGUGGCCUCACCCUGCCGACCCCGCCUUCUACACCUACAUGAUGAGCCAUGCAGCCGCCACGGGGAACCUGCCAUACCCGUUCCCAUCCCACCUGCCGUUACCAUACUACUCUCACCUGGGGGUUGGGGCAGGCUCUGCCCCCUCCGCCACUCCAUUCUCCAACCCACUGAGAUCCCUCGACAGUUUCCGGAUGUUGUCGCACCCCUAUCAGAGGCCGGAGCUUUUGUGCGCUUUCAGACACCCUUCCCUGUACCCCAGUCCGACCCACGGCCUCGGUCCCGGGGGAAGCCCUUGCUCUUGUCUGGCCUGUCACUCCAGUCAAUCAAAUGGUCUUCCUCAGAGGCCUUCCGGAUCGGACUUCGCGUGUUCACCGACUAGCAGGACUGACGCAUUUCUGACGUUCACGCCGUCAGUACUGAGCAAGUCCUCUCCGGUGACAUUGGACCAGAGAGAGGAGGUACCUCUGACUAGAUAA